CUCGAGUUCAAUGAUAUGAGUACAUAUUUUAAAUUUUGGGUCCAGUGAAACGAAAAAUUACAGGCUGUUAUUUUUUCAUUUUUGUGCUGUCAAAUUAAUCGAAACUAAGACGACCCUUAUGUCCUGAUUCCUCUUGAUGCUUUCCAUUGUUCGUCUCAACCCUGCACAUUGUCCACUAAACUGCAGACUUGCUUGUACUCUGGUUCGCCGUUGGUCCUCCAGCGAGACUCCGGUCUUGCGAGGAUAUCAAAAAGCAUGCAUAGAGGCGUGUUUGGAAAAGCUGGCCAGCGGUCAACGGCGUCAAGUUGUGUCGCUGCCGGUCGGAAGCGGUAAAACUGUCGUCAUGGCCAAUCUGAUUCCUAGGAUACCGACACCUACCCCUCAGGCGACGAAAUCGCUCGUGCUGGCUCAUCGCUCCGAGCUGCUGCAGCAAGCGCAACGACAGAUUCAGCGUUUCAAUCCAUCUUUGUCGGUAGUAAUUGAUCAAGGAAGGUCAAAACCAUCCUUGGAUGACGCGGAUGUAGUGGUCGCUUCCGUCCCAACGCUGGGCCGACAAUCCUCAGAGCGUCUUUUGCGCUAUGAUCCGUCACAGUUCAAAACGAUUAUCAUUGACGAAGCUCAUCAUGCCGCAGCCGCUACCUAUACUCGCAUUUUACAGCACUUUCAGGCUACUCAACCAGAAUCCCACAUAUUUAUAUGGGGUUGCUCGGCAACGGUAAGAAGACAUGACGGGGUCAGCUUAUCAGGCGCAUUUGAAAACAUCUCGUACCACAUGGAUUUCCUCGAUAUGAUCGAAGCAGGAUGGCUUGCACCAAUGAAAGUAACUACAGUCAAAACAGAUGUAGACUUGAGCAAUGUAAAGACACAGUAUGAUGAUUUCAACCAGGCGGAACUAGCCGCCGCUGUAAAUACCUACACGCGAAACAAGGUCAUCUUCCAGAGCUGGAAGAAAUAUGCGGCUGACCAACGCAAGGCAACUCUCAUUUUCGCCGUCGAUAUGGCCCACACUCGAGAACUCUGUAAUGUAUUUCGAGCACAUGGAGUUCGAGCUGAAUUUUUGACGAGCGAGACACCGGCCGCAACACGUUACGAUUUGAUCAACGAAUUUAAACAGGGCACUUAUCCCGUUCUUGUCAACUGUGGUAUUCUAACCGAAGGCACCGAUAUUCCCCGCAUAGAUUGCAUUCUCAUGGCUCGCCCUACGCGUUCGGCCGUUCUUUUUCAGCAAAUGUUUGGUCGCGGCAUGCGACUGCAUCCCAGCAAAACUGAUUGUCUUGUCAUUGACUUUGUCGACAGUUUUGACCGAAUCGGAAAAGAAGGCCUGGUGACUUUUCCCACACUGAUGGGCUUGGAUCCCAAUGAGAUUGUUCAAGAUGAAGAUGUUUUGCAAAUCGAAAAACGCGUUGUGCUUGCUGAAAAAGAAAGCAAAAACCUUGCAAAUCUUUUUGAAACCUCACUUGUUCAAUCUGUUGAAAGCGAUGCGCAAGUUCAUCUCAAGAUUACGGAAUAUGAUGAUCUUGGGGAAUUAUCGAUCGACUGCUCUGGGUUACCGGAUUUACGCAAACUUUCCAGGAAUCAGUGGGUGGGCGUAGGCGAUGAUAUGUGCGUAUUGACCAUUCUUUCCAAAGGCGUAUUGACGUUGACACGGGAGGCAGACGAUAUUUGGCGGGCCAAAUUUCAGCAUACGUACGAGCAAAAGGCCGAACGCAAAUUCUUUCGAGCACAUACCAUCAACUUGGAAGCAGACUCAAAGCAAGAUGCAAUUCGUGCCGCGGAUACAUGGGUUCAACACAAAUUGUUAAAGAAUGAUAGAUCCAUUUGGCAAAUGAUGAGCCGCUCCGCAUCCUAUCGCGACGAUCCUGCUACGGAGCGUCAACUGCGAAUCCUUAAACGUUAUAAAAUCGAACCGACUCAAUCUUUCACGAAAGGUCAAGCCAUGGAUCUGAUUACCCGUAUGAAGUGGGGCCAGGGCAAGAUUUGGCGCAACAUUUGGAAACAACAUUUAGCGCAGAAAAAGAAGCAAAACAAGGCAAAGGGUGCACUGAAGCGGACCCAGCAACGGAUACCAUGAAAAGAACCAUUUCAUCAAUAGAUAAAGAAAAAAACAAAUAGACACUUGCGGUUGUAUUCCUGCGUAUGAAAUCGGACAGUUUGACACAUUCUAAUCCACAGACAAAACUCGUGGAGUGCUGACAUGAGAGUUUCAACAAGCUGUGGACGAAACGUAGGACGAUUCCUUUUGUUUUCGUAUGCGUCGAGUAGUGAAAUAAACGUGCAUCACUGCAU